AUGGCCCAUUCCAAACCCCUUAUGGUGAUCGCCAUUGAUAUCGGUACAACAUAUUCCGGCUACGCCUUCUCCUUCCAACACGAGUUUCUGGCUGAUAAACUCAAGAUUACAACCAACAAGGUUUGGUCAGAUGGGGACAACCACCUUCAGACCUCGUACAAAACCCCGACCUCUGUACUGAUAGACCCGUAUGGAGAUUUCCACAGUUUCGGAUAUGAAGCAGAGACAAAGUACUCGCAAAUAAGUGAGACUAUGGAGCUGGAGUCAGUAUCCGGACAGCGGUUCAAUGCCCUCAGUGUAUUUGCCAUGUCAAUACUGUACCUUAAGGAGCAUUUCAGUGGAAGCCUUCAGCAGCAAGUGGCUGACUCGGAGAUCCAAUACGUGCUGACGGUACCUGCUAUCUGGGACGAGGAUGCCAAGCAGUUCAUGAGGAAAGCCGCUCUACAUUCUGGCACACUUGGAGAUCAACUGGCUAUUGCACUGGAACCGGAAGCGGCCUCCAUUUUCUGUCAGUCCUUAUUAGCGAACAGUCGAUCCGAUGACGAAUUCUGUGACGCAGACGACAUCUCGCGGAAUGGAUCUCGAUACAUUGUCGUGGACGCUGGAGGUGGUACUGUGGACACGACAGUGCACGAGGUGAUGCUAAACGGGGAUCUCAAAGAACUACACAAAGCCAGCGGGGGAGGUUGGGGCGGCACUCAGGUAGACGACCAGUUCACCGAACUGUUGCUCAAGAUUUUUACCACCAAGUGCUCGCUAGAGGACCAAGUGGCUGAGUCUGGGUUAUCCAGAGAUGUUCGGUUAACAGGCGAUAAGAUGAGAAUCAGUGGUAAAGUAAUGCAGUCGUUGAUGAAACCAACCAUUCAGAAAAUUAUCACUCAUGUAGAAACACUAAUGGCGGAUCCCAAGUGUAGAGGAAUUUCCCACAUCUUACUGGUGGGUGGGUUUUCUGAAUCGCCACUUCUCCAAGAGGAGUUCAGGAAGAACUUCCGGUCUGUGAAUGUGGUCACUCCACUGGACGCCGUCCUGUCUGUGGUGAAAGGGGCGGUGAUAUUCGGCCAUCGGCCCGGUGCCAUUGGAAUCCGUCUGGCUGCCUUUACUUACGGAAUUCGUAGCUUAUCCACUUUUGUUGAUGGUGAACAUGAUCCUGACAAGUUAAUUAUGAUUGAAGGUGAGAGGAAGUGCAAGGAUAUUUUUUACAGAUUUGUUUCUGUUGAUGAAGAAGUGCCAUAUGGUAUGGAAACUAGCGAACAUACCUUUUCUCCGACUUACUCUGGACAAACAAAAAUGACGGUGGCAGUGUACAAAUCCACGGUGACCAAAUCCAAAUAUACAACUGACCCUUCAUGUUUUAAGUUAGGUAGUUUCAGAGUAGACCUGCCGGAUUUGACGGGAGAGAAGAACCGUGAAGUCGGAGUGAAGUUUAUAGUUGGUGGCACAGAGCUCAAGGUGAAAGCUCACGAGAAGACGACCGGGAAGAUUUUCGACGCUACCUUUAACUUUGUGACAAAGUAA